CUCGUUAUCUUUGUAAAGGGAAAAACCUGCUUGGUUGACGACAUUUGCUUUACCGGGUCCUCUUCUUCUCAAGUCUCUCCACGGUCAAUCCUCUUUUCUCCGACAUCGUCUCUGGCCUUUCACUUCACUUUCCUCCUCCUCCUCCUCCUCCUCACGCGGGACAAGCCAUCUCUCUUUCCCGAACCGCCUCGAUGACUUAAGCUACUGGAUCUCCUCCUUAUCCCCUGUAGUUCCAUAAAUAUCCUUCACUUUCUCCUCAUUCUAGUCGUCUUCAAAAUCAAUGCUGUCUUGCUUCGCAAGCAUCCAUCGAAAGUUGGCACCUUCCUCUUUCGCCAUCACAACUGCUGUCAAAAUUCGUUGUGGGUAUCGAUAGAUGUUGGUGUCUUUCCUCGAUCGUCUCCGUUUCUGCUUCGAUUUGGAGUCCUCUGUUCUUUGUGCAGGUGCCGACUGAGAGGGAAAUCGCCUUUUUCUCUCGACAUUUCAGCUGCAAUUGAGGUGCCCAGUAGGUUUUCUUUGAAAGGGAUUAGCGUGCGAGCAAGUUUACAAAAUGACGGGAGGGCAGUCCAGCAAGAAGAGAAGUGAUGAUGCCCCUCCUCCCCUUCCAUUGAACACAAAUGCCCAAUACAUGGCCGAUCUGACCUCUUAUGAGGAUGCUUGUAGGACUGACCCUGACUUGCAAGCCUUUGAUCACACACUUCAUGAGCGUACCAACCGUGUCAUCAACAGUCUUGCAGUUGGCGUAGAGGUUCGGUCCCUAUCUUUCGAGUCUCUGAGAGAAGUGACAGGUGGUCUGCUGGAAAUGAACCAGGAAGUAGUCAAAGUCAUUCUUGAAUGCAAAAAGGAUAUUUGGAAUAAUCAAGAACUGUUUGAUCUGGUUGAAGAUUACUUUGAGAACAGCCUGCAGACACUAGACUUCUGCACUGCUCUUGAAAAAUGCCUCAAGCGUGCUCGUGACAGCCAAUUAAUCAUCCAGUUCGCAAUCCAGCAAUUUGAAGUAGUGGAAGAUGGGAUUGAAGGGAACAAGUAUGCGAAAACGUUGGAAGAACUGCAGAAGUUUAGGGCGGCUGGGGACCCUUUUACGGAGGAAUUCUUCAUUAUCUUUCAAUCCGUUUAUAAGCAGCAGGUUGCAAUGUUGGAGAAACUACAAGUUCGGAAGAAGAAGCUUGACAAGAAGCUAAAAUCUACCAAAACAUGGAUGAGGGUCUCCAACGUGAUUUUCGUCGCUGCUUUUGUGUCAGCGUUGAUAUUCUCGGUUGUGGCAGCAGCUGUGGCGGCACCCCCUGUCAUAACAGCAUUGGCUAGUGCGAUAACUGUCCCUAUUGGCUCAGUGGGUAAGUGGUGCGACUCCCUGUGGAAGAACUAUCAGAGUGCUCUCAAAGGGCAGAGGGAGCUGAUCAGCUCGAUGCAGGUCGGGACUUACAUAACUAUCAAGGACAUGGAUAGUAUUAGGGUUCUUAUCAAUAAGUUGGAGGUCGAGAUUGAGUCUUUGAUGCAAAAUGCUGAUUUUGCUUCCAGUGAAGAUGAGGCUGUCAAGUUCGCUAUAGGUGAGAUCAAGAAAAGGCUGGAAAUAUUCAUGGAAAAGGUCGAAGAUCUGGGUGUGCAUGCUGACAAGUGCAGCCGGGAGAUAAGGAGGGCGAGAACGGUUGUGUUGCAAAGGAUAAUUAGACAUUCAAAUAGCUAGAGAGGUCCAUGCAGAGGUGAACCUCUGAUGCUCUUGAGAACUCUUAGUCUAAAUUCUCACCAAUUAUUGACCCUGCCAAUUACCUUCAAUCCACUAUGAUAAAGAUUGAAGGUGAGUAGUUUUUAUAUUAGCAGGCUUAUAAAUGAUGUAUUACCAUUGCUGAUUUCUCUUUCACAGCAGGAUAUUAGCUUAAUUUACCGCUUUUGUCAUUUCAUUGAAUGGUUUGACACCAGUAUUUUUCAUGUAUUGUUCAUUUACUCAUGGUCCAUAUGUGAGCCAUAUCUAUCGAACAAUUGCAGGAUGUAUAACCAUGUUUUAGUUCAUUGGGGUGGAUCCAGCCCUUUAUAUUUUUCUA